UGAAGCUCCUUUCUUUCGCUCCCGCCUCUUCUUCUUUUCUGACCAAUCAGGUCGGAUCCCUCCAACCUACUUUCCAUCCACCGUCUUCUUCUCCACCGUCCACGUCUCUCUCUGUCUCUCUCUCUCUCACUUCUUCCUCACCAGAAAAAAAAAAAAUCAAAAGUUUUCGAAAACCCAAAAACGAUGAGCAAUCUGAGCUCGAAUCUCACCCACCAGUCUGCCUUCACUCCCCGUUUCUCGCCCAGGCACGCUUUCCAGAUCCACGAGUUCCGCGUCUUCCGCCGCCGCAGACUCAAACCCGUCCCGCGAAGCCAACUCGGAAUCGGAAUCCCAUUCCACGAAUUCAUUUCCCGAUUCCCGUCCCCCAAUUCCCUCGAAUUCAUCGCUCCGGCUCUCGGAUUCGUCUCCCGCGCCGCCCUCUUCCUCUCCAACAAUCCGAACUCGAACUCGAACCCGAACUCGGUCGAGCGGAAAUUCGACUCGGAUAUCGGGGAGUGGGUUCUGUUCACCAGUCCGACGCCGUUUAACCGGUUCGUUCUGCUACGGUGUCCGACGGUGUCGUUUCAAUGCAGCGAAUUGCUAGAAGAUUUGAACGAGAAGCUGGUGAAGGAGGACAGGCACUUCGUGCGGCUGAGUAGCGGCAGAAUCCGAUUUGAUUUGGGAAGCGAAACGGCAAGUUUAGUGGAAAAGAAAUUCGAGUAUCAGAGACUGUGUAUAAGUACGGACGACGGAGGAGUAAUAUCUUUGGAUUGGCCAGCCAAUUUGGAUUUGAGAGCAGAGCAUGGCUUGGAUACCACCUUGGUUCUCGUGCCGGGCACGGCAAUGGGAAGCUUGGAUUGGAGUGUCAGGUCGUUCGUGUGUGAAGCUCUCCGGCAAGGCUGCUUUCCGAUUGUUAUGAACCCGAGGGGCUGUGCUGGUUCGCCUCUCACCACUCCGCGGUUAUUUUCAGCUGCUGACAGCGAUGAUAUCUCCACUGCUAUACAGUUCAUCACUAAGGCGAGGCCGUGGACCACAUUGAUGGGUGUUGGCUGGGGUUAUGGUGCUAACAUGUUGACGAAGUACCUGGCAGAAGCUGGGGAGAGCACACCGCUUACAGCUGCCACCUGCAUUGACAAUCCUUUUGACUUAGAGGAGGCCACUAGGUCCUCUCCUCAUCAGACGGCUAUUGAUCAGAGUCUCACUGAUGGUUUCCUAGAUAUUCUAAGAUCUAACAAGGAACUGUUUCAAGGAAAAUCAAAAGGGUUUGAUGUGGAACAAGCGCUUUCAGCAAAAUCUGUUCGUGAUUUCGACAAAGCAAUCUCCAUGGUAUCUUAUGGUUAUGAGGCCAUUGAGGAUUUUUAUUCCAUAUCAAGUACAAGAGGUGUGAUUGGGAAUGUGAAGAUCCCCGUCCUAUUUAUACAGAAAGAUGAUGGAUCAGCGCCACUCUUCUCAGUUCCACGUAGUUUGAUAGCAGAAAAUCCAUUCACAAACCUACUGUUGUGGUCUUAUUUGCCCUCUACUGUUACUGAUAGUGGUAGAUCUGCUAUGUCGUGGGGCCAGCACAUAACAAUUGAGUGGCUCACAGCAGUAGAGCUUGGACUUUUGAAGGGCCGUCACCCUCUUCUUGAAGAUGUAGACCUACCCAUAGACCCUUCAGAAGGUCCCGCAGACAAUAUGCCUGAAGAAAAUGAUACUGCUGCUAGCUUCAGGAUACGAUCCAGAAAGGACUCCGAGAGAAAGUCAGAGGUCCAAAACACAGGGUUGCAGGAUGUGGAAAAUGGUUCCCUGGAUCAGACUAACUCUGAUGAUCGAGAAUUGGUCAAUAAGGAGGAAGUCAAUCCUGUAGAUGAAAAAGGUCAAGUACUACAGACAGCAGAAGUUGUUAUGAACAUGCUAGAUGUAACCAUGCCUGAUACUCUUACAGAAGAAAAGAAGAAGAAGGUCUUAACAGCAGUUGAUCAAGGAGACACGCUGAUGAAAGCUUUGCAAGAUGCAGUGCCGGAAGAUGUUCGUGGAAAGCUAACAUCUGCUGUUUCUGGAGCUCUGCAUACUCAAGGAACAAAGCUAAAGUUUGAUCAACUCUUGGGUAUUGCUCAGUUUCCUGACAUGUCUUCAGGUCUAAAGUCAAAGAUCGAAGACAAGGUCAUUGAAACAUCAAGUUCAGAAGGUGUACAGAAAGAAAAUCGUUCGUCAGAUCUGUUGAAAAAGGAUGGUGAUCUGGUGGAUAGCUCAAUUAACAAACUACCGGAUGCAAACAAGCCUCCAGGGGGACUAGAAUCAGAGGAUCCUCCCGCAGACGGAUCAGAAAAGAUUUCAAAUCUAGACCAGUCACAAUCAUUGAGCAGUCAGGCAAGUGAUACUUCUGGUUCUGUCGGAAAGGACUCUUGCAAAUCAGGAAAUGAUUCUUCCAAAGAAAAGGCUUCCGAAGAUCUUUCCAACAGUGAAAAGAGUUCAAACCUAGAUCAGUCUCAAUCAUUGAGCAGUCAGGAAAGUGAUAGUACUGGUUCUGUUGGAAAGGACACUAGGGAAUCAGGAAAUGACAAGUCUUCCAAGGAAAAGGCUCCUGAAGAUCUUUCCAAUAGUGAAAAGGGUUCAGAACUAGAAAAAAAUCCUAACAAUUCCAGUCAGGUUGAAAUUGUCGGUGGCACUGAGGAAGCAGUUGUAGAGGAGCAGAGAGACCAAGAUGGUAGAAACGCUCCGUCAGACACAAAGAAAGAAGAAAACAAUAUCCAGAAGAAGGAUAAUACAAAUGUGCAGCCCGUGGCGGACCAAAGUAAGAACUUCAGCGUUUCUGAGGCAUUGGAUGCAUUGACAGGGAUGGAUGAUAACACCCAAAUGGCAGUCAACAAUAUUUUUGGUGUUAUAGAAAAUAUGAUAACUCAAACGGGGGAGAGUUCAGAACGGGAAAGUGAAGUAAAAGAAGUUGAUUCUGUGGCACAGUCUGAAUUUGCAGAGGACCAUGUCAGUGAUGACAAUAGUCAAGAAGAUUCAGAAGCCAGUAAGACUGAGCAAAAUGUGCAAAUGGAUACAUUAAGCAAUGUCCAUGUAUCUGAUCACCCUGGGAAUGGUAUGGAUUUGCAACCUGAUGCACCAAAUGGAUGGGUAGAGAAGUCUAAUCAUACCCCCCAGUCAGCUUAUAGGAAUGCUUUGAACAGUUCUCAGGGAAGUGAUGCAGUUAACAAUGUAGAUGAUGAUAAAAGUGAAAAGAAAGAUGAAUUGGUUGGUCCAAAUCUUCUUGCUGGAAGUGUAGACAAACUUAAUCAUGUAAAGAAGGCUCCAGUUUCCAUAACUUCAAUUCCGAAUGGGGUGAAUACUCUUCUUUCAAAGGUAUCUGACAAAUCACUUGAUUUAGAUUCAACCACCGCUCUGUUGUUGGACUAUUUUCCAGAAGAAGGUCAGUGGAAGCUCCUAGAAAAACCAAGACAUGUUUCCGAUGGUACCGUUGCAACUCAUAGGGGUGUUGACAGUAAGAUUCACACCCAUUCACCUGCAAAGGUAAAUGGUAAAGUUAUCGAACCAUCAUAUGCAAUAUUAGAUACAGAAAGGCAUCAGGAACCAGUGAAAGAGUAUGAAACGGUGGAAAAUAUUGAGGGGAGAGUCAAAAUUGGUGAAGACAAAGUAGGGGAGUUUAUGCGAUUUGUGAAAAAUAUUAUAUUGAAUACUUUGAAGAUUGAAGUGGGUCGCAGACUAAGUGCCGAUGACAUGAAAAAUAUGGAACCCUAUCUUUCCAAAGAUAUGGAACAAGUGGCUAAUGCAGUUUCAUUUGAUGUUGGAUACGACACGUAUGCUCCAUGUUUGGAAGUUGAAUACCAUAGUAUUAUUGACUGCACUACAGAAAAAGUUGGUACUCUCCAUGGUGAGCAUAUAAUAAGAGCCAUAUCAUCUUCUGUUCAGGGCACUAGUUACUUGAGAAGAGUGCUGCCAAUUGGUGUUAUAGUAGGCUCGAGCCUAGCGGCACUGAGAAAAUAUUUUGAUGUGGUUACAAUCCAUAACUAUGGUCAAAUAGAAGCUCUGACGCUUAGUCGAGCAAAAGUAUCUGGAAAAAAAGAUCUGGGCAAGGCUAGUGGCACAGAGAUUCACCACAUGCCUGUUGAUAAAUAUGAUCAAAGUGCUAGCUUGGACAGUUUAGUUAACAGGGAAGGGAAAAAGAACUGGUUGAAGAAAAUAAACAACAGUGUUAUGGUUGGUGCUGUUACAGCUGCCCUAGGGGCAUCUGCAUCUGCGUUAUUCGUGGAGCACCAGGAUUCGUACAAAGGUGAUGAAACUUCUGGCGAGAGUUUGUCCAAGUCGUUGGUGAAAGGUAAAGGUCAGAAGGAGCCUGACAUGUUUGAGGAGGCUGAGAAAAACCAAAGUAACAUUGUCACAAGUAUUGCUGAGAAAGCCAUGUCAGUUGCUGCUCCCGUGCUACCCACCAAGGAAGGUGGUGAAGUAGAUCAAGAAAGAUUAGUCACAAUGUUGACAGAUUUGGGACAAAAGGGUGGCAUGUUGAGGUUAGUUGGAAAAGCUGCUUUGCUUUGGGGUGGUCUACGUGGUGCGAUGAGUUUGACUGACAAGCUUAUCCAAUUUCUUGAUAUACCUGAGCGUCCCUUAAUCCAGAGGAUUUUUGGGUUUGUCGGUAUGGUUCUUGUUUUGUGGUCACCAAUUGUUGUUCCACUACUUCCAUCAUUUUUGCAAAGCUGGACAACCAAUACAUCCUCUAGAAUUGCUGAACUUGCUUGCAUUGUUGGCCUCUACACGGCUUUUAUGAUACUUGUUGUGAUAUGGGGCAAAAGAAUACGUGGAUAUGAAAGUCCUCUUCACAGAUAUGGGCUAGAUUUAACGUCAUUGCCAAAGUUAGGUGAUUUUUUGAAGGGCUUGGUUGGUGGAGUUGCCCUUGUUUUGUCAAUACACUCAGUAAGCGCACUACUUGACCCUGCAAAUCUCUCUUGGCCCUCCACUCCAUCUUCUUUGGAUGCUGUCUCACAGCUCAAAGUGUGUACGCAAGGGCUUGUGAUGGUUGGUCAAGGAGUUAUAGUAGCUACUGGUAUUGCUCUUGUGGAAGAAUUGUUUUUCAGGGCAUGGCUGCCCCAAGAAAUUGCUGCAGAUCUUGGAUAUCAUCGAGGAAUAAUUAUAUCAGGACUUGUGUUCGCUUUAUCCCAGAGGUCUCCGCUAUCAACACCAGGUCUAUGGCUUCUAUCUUUGAGUUUAGCAGGUGCUCGGCAAAGAAACGAAGGCAGCCUUUCCAUACCAAUUGGGUUGCGUUCAGGAAUUAUCGCUUCAAGUUUCAUCAUACAGAAGGGUGGCUUCCUGACCUACCGGGGUAACUUUCCUCCUUGGCUUAUUGGGACACAGCCAUUCCAACCGUUUAGUGGGCUAAUUGGUUUUGCAUUCACCUUAGUUUUAGCACUAGUUCUGUACCCUACACAGCCUCUUUGUGAAGAGAAUGCAGAAAGGACAACUGAAGAAUCUAUAAAACAGCAUGCCGGUGAAUAGUGAGGCGGUCUUCUUGUUGCUUAGUGACUGUUUGCCCGGAUACUUCCACCUUGUAACGGGAACAGCCUCGGGCCAUGGAGUUCAAGCAUGAAAGUUUCAGAAGAGAUGUUUCUUAAAAGUUCAAAGUGCUUCAUGGGAGCUUUUCAUCGCUAAUGCUACAACUCGCCAAGGCGACAGCCAUGGUGUACAUAUAUAAGACGCUGCAGGCAAAUUUUGUAACUAGGAAAUAACUGCACCAACGUGCUUGUAGUUUAGCUCAUUUUGCUUGCUUGCUGUUAUAUAUCAUGUAUAGUGUAUAGAACGAACCACCACCAGUCUGGAACCCUACAUUUGUUAUAUAUCAUGUAAAUUCAUUCUUAUUCCGAUUCCAUAGACGCAAACAAGACAUAAAAACGAUGUCCGACAACUUGCCAUGUUUUUCGUUUCGUGAUUUCGUAUAUUUACAGAAUGGUUCUACCUU